AAUGUAUUCGCCAUGUUGGUUUUCUGCGAUGAGAGCCCUAUCAAAAUAUUUUAGUGGUAGCUCUUUAUGCACCCACUGUUUUGUUAACGGGAUCGAGGAAUUAAUAUCUUGAUUCGUCAAAGUGUUUUACUAUCUUAACCAUGAGCGCGUCAGACGACAAGAAACUUAAGAGGAAGAAAAACAAGAGAAGCUCAGUUGCCAAGUCAAAGUCACAAAACUUGACUCAAGCAACAUGUCAAAAUAUUCCAAGUCCUGUUGACUUAACUGUUCCUUCCACCAGAGACCUAUUAUCGUCAUCCAUCGAUUCAGAGACUCUGAAGAAACUAGAGAAGCUAAUGGAUGCCAAGGAUGAUCCAGAGUUGCCACAAAUCCUGUCUCUUUCAAGGGGCCCCAACCCCUAUUUGGACAAGGAGCGCUGCCUUCUGUGUGGUUGUGAGCGCCUUGAUCCUCCGGAAGCUGCUGUUCUCAAGUCCCAAUCCAGUGAGAAAAAGACCGAGCUUAAUUCCUUAGCUCAGCUUCCAUUAUGGGUGUGUCCAGACUGCAGAAAGUCCACAGAUCAAGAAAUGGAGAAGAAAGUCAACUUAGCAUCCCUCAUGGAACAAGAUCUUCCACCAGAACCGGCCACCCUGCCAUUUCUAUCGGACACCAACUUUGGUAUUGGGGAGCCAACCAUGCCUAAUGGCUCUGUGUGUAACUGUGAGGCUUGUACAGAGAGGAGGGAGAUCGAGGCUGAGCACGACAGAGAGACCCAAGAACUUCAGACAUGCUGGACGGUGCUGCGGAAUCUAAUCCGUAAACUUUACAGUGAAAGGGAGGACUGCGGUGUAAGCAGCUCAACAGACACUUCUCCUGAACAUAAACAUGAUAGCAAUGACUGUGAUGAUACUCAACUGCCAGAUGAGGAACAGGCCAAGGAACUUGUCCACAGAUUAUGUAGCCGGGAUCCUCAUCAGUUGUUCUUGCGUCUUGAGUCACAAGUGCGUGAGUUUGUGAUAGAGAUGAAAGUGCGCUUGUUGAAACAGCUACAUAGUGGUUACAAAACACCACCUGAAGCCAAGACCUUUAUCUCUAUGUUACUGGAAGAAUAUGGACACCUCUGUCAUGUCUCACGCAAAAUGGCAGAGGUUCUAACAGAGCUGAAGACCGAUCACCUAGCCAAAUUUAAUGUGACCUGGGAACUUCACAACAAACACCUGUUCCAGUCCAUAGCCUACACAGAACCUUCUUUACAGAGUAGCCUCCAUCUAAUCAUCACACAGCUUCGACUUGGAGCUGCCUCGAAGGAGUCCUAUAAUGAGGACACAUACCCUAAUUUGUUACAUCGCUAUCUCAAGUUCGAUGAUGAAAUGUCUGUGAUAUCUGUGGUGUGGAGAGAUAGCCAUCAGCUCAUAGAACAAUACAAUGAGGAACAGGCGGCCCUGAAACUAAAACAGAAGAUGCUCAAGGAAGACUGGGAGUUUUUCAAAGCACAAAGGAAGAUUCUUGAGCAACAGGUUGCAAAAAAUACGAAAACACCUUUAUCUCAUAGUAAUACCAAUAGCUUUGAGGCACAGUUCACAGAAACCAUGAGACUGAUGCUACAAGGAACCAAACCAGCUCCUGAAGAGUGUCAUUGUUCCAGGUGUAAUCGAAAAAGGUGUCCUUGUGAUGAGUGCACAAUAACACAUAUGAUAACAUGUGGUAUUAUAAAUCCCGAGGCAUUGGAAGCCACAGACAACACCAAUCAUGUCAACUUCCUACAUGACCCCAAUCGAUAUCGCAUUGAUGUAAGUCCACCUUCCAUGUCAAGUACUACGUCCAGUAGUGGCUCCUCCAGUCCUGUCAUGGUGGAACCUGUCCCUUUCCCGGACCUGGAAGAACACUUCAUAAGUGGAGAAGAUAUUCCAGAGGAGAUUGAGGGCAUAAGUCAAUCAGGUGACGUAGAUGAAGAUAAUGUUGAUGAUGAUGACGAUGAUGAUGGGGAAGAUGAGGAGUAUGAUGAGGAUGACGAUGAUGAUGAUGAUGAUGAGGAUUGUGAGGAUGAUGAGGAAGAUGAAGAUUGUGAAGAGGAUGACGAUGAGGAGGAAAAAAUGGAGGAAGACCUUGACAUUGAUAACAUUAAGAUGGACCACGAGUCUGUGAACUUGUCUCCACCAACAUGGUUGACCGACUCUGAUGAUGGUGCAGCAGACCUAAUCAGCUCAGAAACCUGUGACUGCUAUCAUUGUGUGUCCCAGGCUCAGGCAGAACAGAUCGUAAAAUCUGAAGAGAGUCUUUGCCAGUGCUAUGUUUGUCUGCGGCAAAGAGGUAAAACUGUAUCAACGUCUUUGCCAACACAGAUGCCUAGUGUGCAAACACGACCAGGAGAAUUCCACUUAUAUCCUCACAUACAUGGAUCAACAGGGCUGCCUCAUGGGCUAUCAAGUCGGUCCCACAUACGACCUGUACUGCAGCCUCAGUUGUAUGACCUCCACCUACCCAUGAGGCAGCCUAAACCCAUCAUACAACCCAAAGUUCCACUCAAACUGGACUUUGAUUCACCUGAUGGAAUUCACGAACAUAUUUAUCAUGCAUAUGGUGAAUGGGACAAUACAUAUGAUACGAGGGGCCUGUUACCCAAGUAUGAGCUUGGUAGUGAGUUAUUGCCUCCUCCGCCCCUUACCAGUAAUUUCACCACAAGCUUUCUCUCUGAGCCUUACACCAUGGCUACACUCAUGGGCGUUGAUACUGUGUCCACAUCCACAUCCAGUACAAGUGCUUUCAAAACAUCCAUGAGCAAUAGUCAUAUCCCGGCACCAGCACAGGUGUUUUUGGAUAGCACAAGUGCAAAAAUACAAAUGUCUACGUCCAAAGACUUCAACAGUACUCCAAUGCUACCUACUAUGACGAGUAAAACCAUGUCUCCCCCUUGUACUCGACCAGCCACAUUGGGAGGCAACAAUAACCAAUCUGUCUUGCAACCUCCCCUUUCAUCUAUACCACAGUCACAGCCUCCAAUGCAGCCACGACCACCGGGGCCUGUGCUAGACAAACCCCAUUCUCAGCACUGUAAGAGGCACAAUAUCCUCGGCAAGGCUCUCACCAGCUCCCAGUCACACAACCAUACAAGUGCUACCACCACUUCCUCAACCAAUAAAGUCUCUCAGGAUUUUAUACAGACGGCUGCCAGAAACAUUCGCGAGGGUGCCAAAGAAGGCAUGCAGAUGAUUCGCCAAUUUGCCAGUAGUUUGAAUGCAAAUGUGAAUACCCACACCUGUAACCACACAUCUUCACGAAAUAACAUAGGUGGGCAUACGCACGCGGCCAAUUGUACAAUGGACCACAACCAUGUGACAGCAUGUCAGAACUCUAUUUCGAUGCCCACCUCUGUGAACAAUGUGAGUGUUGGUACCUCCACUGUGUGUAUAGAGCCUGACUGUGAUGUCCACUUUGACGAUGCCUGUGAUAGUGUUAGCGAUAGCUGCUCCGAGCAGAGUUCUACCACCUCGAGUUCCAACCAGAAGGAAGGCAAAUACUGUGACUGCUGCUAUUGUGAAUUCUUCGGACAUGGCAAUCCUCCUGUUGCUCCAACCAGCAAGAAUUACGCAGAAAUGAGGGAUCGAUUACGGUUACGCCUGAAGAAAAAGAACGAGGCUAAACAAGACUGUCACAAAGACACAUGUGCUAACAAACGAGAAAUUCCAAAGUUAGAACCAGACGCUUGUACUAGCUUUGUAACGAAUCAUGAAGAUGACUCCAAAGAUCCAAUGGAGUUAAAGGGUCUUGACGAGUUAAUACGUUUUAUCAAUGGUACAGAAGAGCAGAAACUUGGUGCUGAUAAAUCAAUGACUGCUAAAGCAGCAAAGAGGGCUCGGCAGAAACAGCGAAAGAAUGAAGAGAAAGCUCGAAUAGAGGCAGAAAGGAAACACCAAGAACAACAGAGACUUUUACAGGAGGAACAGGAACGACUCAAGAAAAACAAACUAAAUGCUGCAAAACUAGAGCAGGAGAAAUCUCAAAAGAAGAAAAAGAAAAAACAUAAGGUGGUUCCUGAAGAUACCAACCCAGCGUGCAGUGAAGAUGGUAAUAUAAAUCUGAACCUUAUACGAAUACCUCCAGCUGGCCGGGAAGAUGAACAGCAUUCAGGUUCUAAGCAAAUUGAUUCUAAGUCCAAAGGUUGCGAGUUAAGGGAACAGAAUCCCAGUAGUCAGUCAAAUGGGAAAAUCUCAGAGGAGAGUUCAGCAGGAACAAAACCUAUAAAAGGAAGGACGAAAUCUCCAAGAACAAGUGAAAAACAACCAAUACAGGUCCAGGUGUGUACAGCCAAAGUAGAUAAAAAGUCUGUGAAAAAUUCCAGUCAAACUUCUCAGACUUCUAAGGCAUACCCUAUCAUUUCUAAACCAGUGUCAAGUAAAAACUCAGUACCUCAGACCUCCUCAGCUUCCAGACAACAACCUAAUGGAAACAUCACUUCUACAACGUCUAGCAGUCGUACAUCACAAGGCAAGGAGAUUACAAAGAACUUUCAUGACAGCCAGCUCCAUAAUGGUACAUGUGUCCAGAUAAAAUUGGAAGAUCUACAGCAGAAUGGUACCAACAGGAAGGGCAGAAAACAGACAGGGUCACUAAACUCAUCAGGUCCAUCUGUACAACCACUCAACAUCCAACACCACUCUAAUACCCAUCAAGUGAUAACCAAACAGUCAGGGCAACCACUCACCCAACACCACUCUAAUACCCAUCAAGUGAUAACCAAACAGUCGGGACAACCACUCACCCAACACCACUCUAAUACCCAUCAAGUGAUAACCAAACAGUCGGGGCAACCACUCACCCAACACCACUCUAAUACCCAUCAAGUGAUAACCAAACUGUCAGGACAACCUGUUAACAGUCAAAACCAAUCUCACUCGCAACAACCAACUACCAAACAGUCGGGACAACCUGUUAACACUCAAAGUCAAUCUCACUCGCAACAACCAACUACCAAACUGUUGGGACAACCCCUAAACAGUCAAAACCAGUCUCACUCGCAACAAUCAACCAUCAAACAGUCUGGUAUCCGACAAGGUCCUCCUCAGGACCUUCAUCGGAAGGCUACAGGUCAGCAACAGGCCAUGACCCCUCCCAAAGGUCACCUACAAAAUGGUGUUAUCAUUAGUCCAGCAAACAGGAGGGUUGUUUCCGCAGACAGUUCCCAGAACCAUCAGUCACACCCAAACAGUAUCGUGGGGAAACAACCUACUAGCAACGACAAGAAGCCAGGCAAGCCUGCAUCUCCGGUUGAGAGACUAGAGGAAACCUCUCCAAACAAUGAACAGAACAAGAACAGCAGUGGAAAGAAUAAAAGGAACAAGAAAAAGAAUCGUGGCAGUGAAGAUCUCAGUAUGAUUGAUGAGAUAUUCAUGCCUAAAUCAGAAUCUGAUCUGGAAGGUGGUGACAUGGAUGAGGUAGAGAAAGAAUUAGAAGAAUUUAAAAGGUUCUGUCUCGGAUCCACUCCUGUGAAGAGAGAAAAACUUCAAGUGAACAUGAAUUUAAAGGACAUCUUUGUGAAGAAGAAGUCUGGACUGGGAUGUACUUAACCUGAGUAAUGAGAGGAGGUUGAUGACAAACUGUCCGACAGAUGGCGAUAUGACUUCUGACUGGUUAUAUUUCUGAUCUGACAGCAUGGUGAUGGACGGUUGGUCAGGUCAACAGCUAUGAGUGAGUUUAAUGAUGGCUUGUGAUGUGAUCAACAGCAAGUUUUAACCAGAGAGUAGUUGGUCAACAGUUUAAAGUUGGGAGUGUGUUGAAAAUGAUGGCUUGUGAUGUGUGACCAAGAGAAAGUCUAACCGAGGAGAAGUUGCCUGACAGCUUGAGAUUAGAACUGACAAUGCAUUUGAUUGGAAGAUAGCAUUUGACUCCUUACAAACAUUUACUUAAAACUUUGUGAAAUUAAAAGGUGAAAUUUCUUGGUAAACUCUACACUACUAAAUAUUAUUGUGUUGGGUCCUUCUGGUUAACUUAGCAAGCCUUUUGUGCAUCAGACUCUACCUGUUGUCUCAACUCAUGAUCAUUGAACCACAGAUUCUAAAGUAUUGUCUGACAUGAUCAGAUAGAUCUGUACAUGGAGUUUUAAGGAAGAGCCUAGAAAUUAUAAAUGUUAAGGAUGUAUAGAUUCUGGUCUCUUUGAAAUAACAAAGAAAUACUUUUGAUAGAUGGAUGGUAAUGCUUUAAAACACAAAAAAUCUUUAAAAGUGUAGUUGGCACUGUCAGUUAAAUCAUUGGGAUGAGAAUUCCACUCAAAUACUUUCAAUUUUAUCCUCUGGAUUUUUUUUUUUUUUUUUUGUAAGAAAAUAGUUAAAUGUGAUUAAAUCUUUUUUUCUGUUAACUUUUCUCCAGUAUAGAGUCUUUUUUUCUUUUUUUUUUUAAAUGGAGGUAAGUUUUUAUUACCGAGCAUUUUACAAAUAAACUAAUCUCAUUUUAAAAUGAGGACAAAAGCUUAAUAGUUAAAAUAUAUGCACAUUUUAGACACCCACAGUAAUUUUUAAUGUGCACAUUUUUAAAUAUAUAUUAUGUGGAGUAGAACUGCAGUAAAAAUGUAGGGCUGCUGUGAUGUACAAAUUUGCUUUCAGUGCAUGGUAUCUUUCUCCGAUGAUUUGUGUUGCUGAUGAGUAGUAUUUAUUAUGAGGUCUUCAUUGAGUGCUUUCGAUAAAUGUGGUUAUAAGUCCAGCAUUUCUAUGCAAUACGAACAUUACUAUCUUCGCUGUACAUAUAACGUUAUCUGUAAAGUAGGUAUGGAUUGGUAAUAUGAUGUACAGCUGCAGUAGAAAGGAUAUUUGUGUAAUGUUGCUAACACUAGUACUGUAUCGGUUGCUAUAAGUUGAAUGUUUAUGUUUCAGUUUUACCGAGACAUUUUCCAUGUUAGCUCAAGUGUAAUGCACAAUAGGAUUCGCAUGCAGUAAUAAGGGUAGCAAUACAAACCACUAAGGAAUUGUAAUGUUCGUUUAAUUGUAUAACUGCAACAUUUUAAACGUUGUCUUUAAAACAUUUAAAAUGGUUGCAUGAUACCUUCCCCAAGACAAUUCACAUUUGAUAUUUACAUACAUGUUACAUUUCAAUUAUGAUCAAACAUAAAAUUGUAUCUCUAAUUUUUACAGAUUGCCUUGCACAAUGUACGACACAGGCCAUAGUGAUGUGUGGCAUUGUCUCCGCUAUUGGAGAAUAUGAGUCAUUUUGAUAACUUGUCAAACCUUCCCAUGGGGAUGGGUACUCUGUACUAGGGUGGUGAGGAUUGAGGUCUUUACCAGCCCUGAUCAAACUGCUGUACCUUCCUUUAUUUUAUUGUCCUCCAUUUUUGUUUGUGUUAUGAUAAUGAUAUUACUGAGGUAAGCCAAUUGCCCCAUUGCAUUGUGAUGAGACGCCAUUUGUGACAUGCGACUUUGAAUGGACUUGUUUUGUUAGCCUAUAACCUGUGUAUGCUGACCUGAACAUAACAGUGAGGAAUAAAUGAAAAAAAAUACUUUUA